AUGCUCUUCCACGCCUUGUCCGCGUGCCUGACGUUCGCCUCCCCUCUUCUUGCCCAAGAGAUCACCGAAAUAUAUGACAUAUGGCAAACGACAUGGGAUCGCAGUGGCCUUUUCACUUAUACCAACCUAUACCCUAACCCAAUUCCGUGGAACACUCCUGGUACUGCCGGUUCCGCGGACAUCGUUAUUACGGACGGCACUGUCUACCAGAAUAUUGUCGGAUUUGGUGCUGCUUUAACUGACUCCUCGGCUCAGCUUUUGAGUCAGUUGAAGUCCACCAACUCGGAUAACUAUUGGGACAUAUUGAACUACCUCUUCGAUCCCACCGACGGUGCGGAUGCUGCCGGUUUCUCUUAUCUACGCGUCCCUUUGGGUGCUUCGGAUUUCUCUGCUUCCGUUUACAGCUUCGACGACGUCAGCGGAGAUACCUCCCUUGAUAGUUUCGACAUCAACAACGCUCCUUCUUAUCUAUUCGAAGUGCUGUCGGAUAUCGCUGGCAUCAAUAACCUUCUCAAGAUCCAUAUUGUACCAUGGUCUCCCCCUGGAUGGAUGAAGGACAGCGGAACAAUGCUUGGCGGAAGCUUCCUCUCCCAGUACACCGAUACAUUUGCCAGCUACCUUCUCAAGUGCUUGCAAGGAUUCCAAUCCCAGGGUUUCUCUAUAUGGGCCAUCGGGGUUCAGAAUGAGCCGCAGAAUAGCGACACUACGUAUCCUACAUGUCUCAUCUCCGCCGCGCAGGAAGCUGCUAUUGGUCUACAGCUUCGCACACUGAUGGAUGAUAAUGGUUUCUCGGAUACCAUUAUCAUUGGCUAUGAACACAACUGGAAUGAUGCUGGCGCAUACCCCGUUCAGCUCAUGGAAGACGCCGCAAGCGCAUUCUAUGGUGUUUCUUUCCAUUGCUACGAGGGCAGUGUCAGUGAUCAGGAGACGUUCUACAACGCCUAUCCAGACAAAGCCAUCUUUUUCACUGAAUGCACUGGUGAGAUUGGCAGCGACUGGUGGAGUGACAUCAAGUGGUACAUGGACAAUAUCUUCAUUGGUUCUCCGAAUUACUGGGGUCAAAGUGGCGCCAUGUGGAACCUCGUCCUUAAUGGGCUUGGACAGCCACUAUUACCUGGUACUGACAGCUGUGGUACUCCCUGCCGGGGUGUUGUCACAGUCAACAGUAACGGGACCUACAAUUAUAACCAAGAGUUCUACGCCAUUGCGCAGGCGUCGAAGGCCAUCCUUCCCAAAGAUGUCGGCGGGCCAUUCGGUCAGCGAAUUGAGGUAGCAGUCAAUGGUGAUCUCAAUUGGGGUCUCAUCGUUGGUGCAUAUGUCACCAAUCGUGUCAGUUCUUCCGACUGGCCUCGUUACAGCCUGGUUGUGCUCAACUGGGAUGACACCCCUAAUGGCUCGUGGGAUCCUCAGGACAUAACCACGACCAUUGAGUUCCGCGGCUACCAGGCGACGUACACCUUCCCUGUCGGCGUAACGACUAUUUACUGGUACGCAGAGCCUAAUUAG